CACAGGGAUGACAUCUAACUCAGGAUGAAGCCAAAUAAUUAACUUAGGUAGCCUGGUGCCUGACAGAAUCCAGGUAUAAAGUGGCACAUUGAUUCGUAACCAUAGGUAGUUAAAGAAAGGUCGUUACAGGGUCCAUUGAUUCGGAUGAUACCCGCCUACACUCAGAUGUGGACCAAUGAGUGGCUCUUAAAGUACCUCUGUGAGACCUUUAUUGAAACUUUUAUUUUGGCUGGCACGCCACGCAGCCUAUUUGUCAAGCCUAUCAGUUUGUGUGAGAAGCUGGGUUGAAUUUUAACGAACCAUUUUAUUUGUGUUUUUAUUCAUUCAAAUAUGGACCGACCCAGCCUUCGACGGUUAUUUUCUGCUUGUGAUGUUAACAAGUCCGGCAAAAUAGAGUACGAUGACUUCACCGUUGUCUGCAGGGAGCUAAACGUCUCCGAAACUGAGAUCAAAACUCUGUUCAACAAAUUCGACGCAGACGAAGGCGGAUACAUCGACUACAGCAUGUUUUCUUCCAGGUUUCAGGAGGUUUCAGAGACUCUGGACUUGGCGUCUUUUGGUGCUGGUUCGUCCCAAACACAAGGCCACCCGUGGGAAGAGUUUGUAGGCAGGAUAGAUGCGGAGUCGCUGCUCUCUGAAAGUCUCAGGGAGCAGCUGGCCGAUCUUUACCAGGCCAUUCACUCCUCUGCACACACAACUCUGCUGCAGCAGUAUGAGGAAAUGAUCCACUCUCUGCUCAGUCAAAGCCUGGACAACCGACUAGAGUGUGAACAGCUGGAGACCAGUUUAAAGAGAGCUGAGGAGAUGACCAACAGUCAGCUUGCAGAACUGGAGGAUGACAUACAGCAGCAGCUUGCCAGAACAGAGGAGAGGGUGAGAGAUGAGGAGCGUAAGAAAAUGGAAGGAGUUAUAGCAACCAUGCAGAGGAAGCACGAGAACAAGGUCGCAGACCUACAAGCAACUGUGGACAGACUGUUAAAGAGCCAAGAGGACUCUGUAUUCAACCAUUCAAAAGAGGAGGUGGUCAGACUGAACAGACAGAUCAGUACUUUCUCACAGGAAAAUGAGGACCUGCGAGCCUCUCUGCUGCAAGCCCAGACAAACAUCGCCAUCCUGCACUCCGAGCUGGACAAGCUGAAGAACAUGUAUGCAGACCAGAAGGCUCAACAUGAAAGAGAAACGGAUGAAUUGAAGAGGAUGGUUAUGGAAUACCAAUCCUAUUCCAAUCAGAUUCAGAUUCUCCAGGAAACAAACAAAGAGCUGUAUGACAGUAAUGACGGGCUGCGCUCUGCGUUGGCCAGUGAAGCGGUUGCAGCCAAAAGGAGGCUGUCUCCCCAAAAUGAAAUCCCAGCCCGAAGGAUGAAGCCCCUCCGACAGAGCACACUCAACCACAGCAGCUGGGCUGAUAGGUACCUGGACAGUGGAGUGUCUCUGCCGAUGGACACAGCGGAGAGCUCAGCCAGUGAUUACGACAGCGACGACAGUAGGGGCUCGAUGGAAACGGUGCACCACAGUUACUCUUAUGUCCCGUCUGAUGUGGAGAUAUCAGAAAUGAAAUCUGAAGCUGCCGUCUCGAUGGCUCCUAGCAAGGCAAGCUCUAUUGCAUCAUCCCUACGAAGACGUUUGUCUGCGUUUUCGUCAAAGCCUUUAGACGCAGACAUGGAAGAAACUGAGGAACCUACCCCGAUGUACCGUCUGGUUUUAGCUGGAGACGCAGGAGCUGGAAAGUCUAGCUUUCUGCUGAGACUGACGCUGAACGACUUCAGGGGAGACAUUCAGACAACGCUGGGAGUUGAUUUCCAAAUGAAGAGGAUGCUAGUGGAUGGAGAGAAGACAAGCCUGCAGAUAUGGGACACAGCCGGACAGGAGAGGUUUCGUAGUAUUGCUAGGUCUUAUUUCCGCAAAGCUCACGGAGUCUUGCUUCUCUAUGAUGUCACUUCAGAAAGCAGCUUCCUUAACGUCAGAGCAUGGGUGGAUCAGAUUCAGGAUUCAACAGAGGAGAAAAUCCCCAUGUGUGUUAUUGGAAACAAGGUGGACCUCCGAGAGCAGCUUCCAGAGGGGAGCUGUGUGAGCAGUUUGCACGGAGAGAAGUUGGCCAAGGCAUAUGGCGCCUUGUUCUGUGAAACGAGUGCCAAAGAGGGAACCAACAUUGUGGAGACUGUGCUUCAUCUAGCAAGAAAAAGAAGAAAAAAUGCAAACUGAGGCGGCAUAAAAUUCUCGGGGUCAAAAACUGAGUCAACCAACCCAAAAAAAACGAUUUCUAAACGAAAAGGCGUGGAGUAAAAGGGUUGGUAAGUAGAUAGAUGGAGCAGUGAAGGAAUAUUUUGUGGGGAGAAAAAAUUUCAAACUUUGUUUUUAACCUUUGAAGUUUUUUAAUUUUUUG